UCGGUUAGUCUAUGUACAGCUCGGCUGCUGCUAAGUUGGCGUUGGAGCGAUUAUCACCUGCCACCCAUUGAUAAAUACACACCGACCAUGGACGAGUUUAAAUUCUUGUAACGAUUGUUUUUGACUGUGUGUGGUGACUGUGACUGCGAGAUGGCACAGUAUGUGGAGGAGGCGCACUUGGUGCAUCAUCAGGACUCUUACCAGUCGAAACCUCUAAACAUGGACACGAAAAUCCAGGAAAACAAGGGUUCUUUCUGUAUAGAUGCUCUUCUUUCGCGGACCGAUGAUAGGCCGACGUCGCCCGAUACCUCACGAAGUAUAUCGCCGACAUCUACAAGAAGUCGAAGUCCUCCGAUUUCACCAGGAAGCGAGGAAGUGCCCCAAACCGCUUUCGUGCCAAGGCCGGGACUUUUGAACCAUAUUUACCCGAAUGGGGGCAAUUUUUACGGGUACCAAGCUCAACCGCAGGCUUCUGCGUUCCACAGUUUAGAUGGUGCUAUGAUACAGAAGGUGCAGUUGCCUGUUAACCACCAUAACCACAGUCAACUGCACCAGAUGCAGCUGGAGUGGCUGGCCAGGACGGGGAUGUUCUACCCGAGGUUACCGGACUUGACAGGCUGUGGACCCGGCCACGCUCUUCUGGGGAAAACCAGACGACCUCGUACAGCUUUCACAUCACAGCAAUUACUAGAGUUAGAAAAGCAAUUUAGACAGAACAAAUACCUCUCAAGACCCAAACGAUUCGAAGUAGCGACAAGUUUGAUGUUGACGGAGACUCAAGUGAAAAUCUGGUUCCAGAACCGCAGGAUGAAGUGGAAACGGAGUAAAAAAGCGCAGCAGGAAGCGAAGUCGUCGUCUAAGGAUAACGAUUCACUUUCGAAUAAGCAGGCGGUGACCUCGUCGCAGGGAAGCUGCAAGCCCACGUCUUCGCAGGAACCUUUGGAGAGUCAAACCGUCGACGAUCCGAGCCGAAAAAUCCAAGAUGGUGAAUCUCUGUACAGACCCUAUGUUGUGUAAAGACGGAAAAGUGAUAAGAUUUGUUCGCGUUUUUUAUUUAAACGCGUGUAGGUGCAUUAUGAUUUUGUACUGUAAAUAUUUAUUGAAUAAAGUGUACUGUGAAACAUGA